AGAGGGGGAAAAAGUAGGAAUAUUACAACUCCUCCUAAUGGACUCGGCCUACAUCUUAUGUCUACAUUCUGCUAGCAGUCAAAAUCUUGUAACCAAACAAGGCCCAAGCGAAUUGUCUUCUCCGAUGGCGGAAAUUCCACCGUCCGGAAAGAGAAGAAAGAAAAAAAAGAUAAAGGGAGACGACAAGGAAAACGUAGCUGCCCACCCCGAAUCAAUUUAGGGGAGGAGUCAAGCGUCUGACGGACGCACGUAACGGCGACCGCCCAGCCUUUCUUCCACGGACUCCCCCAACCCAUUAUUUCCCCAUUUCCACCCUCCUCCUCCCGCCGGAGCUGCGGAACCGAAUCGGAGCUCCUUCCGAUUCGGAAUGUAGCACGAGAAAUCCCGGAAAAGAAGAAACCACUCAAGGGGAAUAAUAUCUGAGAUGGGCCGAGAUCAGUCGAAGCUCCUCAGGAUCCUUAUUCCCCUCUUCGCCCUCAACUCCGUCACCAUCUUCCUCUACUUCUCCUUCCACCACCACGACGCCCCGCCGCUUCCCACCUCCAGUCGCCAAUUCCUCCCCGACCCAAUUCACCACCAGCCCUCCAACGCCACCCCCGACGAUGGUUACCUCAAGCCCUGGCCCAUCCUCCCUUCUUACCUCCCUUGGACUCGCAAACCCAAGGACGACGCCCCCUACCGCUCCUGCGAGGCAUAUUUCGGCAACGGAUUCACCCGUCGCGUCGAUGUCCUCCCGCCUUCCCCCGAUCGCUCCGCCGGAUGGUUCCGCUGCUUCUUCAGCCGGACGCUGCUGAGCUCGGUCUGCGAGGGCGGCGGGAUUCGGAUGGUACCCGAUAGGAUUGCGAUGUCGAGGGGCGGGGAGGCGCUGCAGGAGGUUAUUGGGCGGGAUGAGGAAGAUGAGAUGCCGAUUUUUCAGGACGGCGCGUUUCAGAUUCUGGGUUCGUCGGAGGGUAAGGCGAGGAGGUGGAAGAAGAGGAGGAAGCUUGUGGACGAGGGGUUUCUCGGCGAGUACCUGCCGGCGGGAGAAAUUGAGAGGCACACGAUGCGGCAGCUUGUGGGUUCGAUUCAAAUGGUGGAUGCCACGGAGUUCCAGUGUGAUCAGUGGAUUGAGGAGCCGACGUUGCUUGUCACCAGAUUUGAGUAUGCGAACCUUUUCCACACUGUAACAGAUUGGUACAGUUCAUAUGCGGCUUCUAAAGUCACGGAGUUGCCUUACCGGCCUCAUUUGGUUUUCGUGGAUGGCCAUUGUAGAGCACCCUUGGAAGAAACCUGGAGUGCUCUCUUCUCUAGCAUCCAAUAUGCUAAAAACUUUACGGGCUCAGUGUGUUACCGCCAUGCUGUACUUGUUCCUCUGGGAUAUGAGACUGCCCUCUUCAAGGGUCUAUCUGAAGAUAUAUUCUGUAAUGGAGCUCCUGGGAAAGAACUUUGGAUGAACCCUGAUGAACACAAGACAGCACGACUGUCAGAGUUUGGAGAAAUGAUAAGAGCAGCCUUUCACUUCCCGGUCAAUAGGCCUGGUUCCGAAAAGCCAGCUUCAGGCCUCAAUGUCCUUUUUGUGAGAAGGGAAGAUUACUUGGCCCACCCACGCCACGAUGGAAAGGUUCAAUCGAGACUCAGCAAUGAAGAAGAGGUGUUCGAUGCUGUACAGAAAUGGGCAUCAUAUAAACACAAUAAUCAUUCAGAGUGUAAAGUGAAGGUGGUGAAUGGAUUAUUUGCACACAUGCCAAUGAGGGAGCAACUGAGAGCCAUUCAAGAGGCUUCUGUUAUCAUAGGCGCUCAUGGUGCUGGCUUGACUCACAUUGUGUCGGCUACACCAAGAACUGUAAUUCUCGAGAUUGUGAGCGCAGAGUUCAGACGCCCACAUUUUCAGUUGAUUGCCCAGUGGAAAGGGCUGGAGUAUCACGCAAUAUAUCUCGAGGAGUCGCAUGCUGAUCCAGUGGUUGUGAUCAGCAGGCUAGGACGCAUUGUGAGAAGCUUUGAAUGUUGAGAAGAAAUCUUUCCCCUCUUUAAUCAACCGUCCAUUAGGGUGAGUUCUUAAUGAUAAACAUCGUUAAGGGAUGCUGAGGAGGCCAUGGCAGAUUCAAAUUUUUACCAUACGAAGAUCAAUUUGUGCGAUGUGGAGGAGAGCUUGGACUCGAUGUGGAUGGAAGCUGACGCUGAAUGUAAAUUUGGUUAGUUUGAUCAUGACAAUUGCAGCGUUCUUUGUCGUUAGCGGGCAUAGAGGGUGAAAGGUAAAAUGGAGGCAAUUUUAUUCUUCUCUGGCUGAUAACCGGCAAGGCGGCUGUCCUAACUUGUGACUGCCUUUGUUGUAGAGUUGUGUCAUUCAGGUUGUAAGGCGGGUUAGGUGGGGGCUGAUUGUUUCUGGGAAAUCUCUGUAACAUAGGAAUACGCAAAACUCAUGUCUUGUCAUGGAGAUGAUGGCAUCAUAUGCUCAUAUCAGUUGGGAGUUGAAUGGGAGAAAGAAAGUCGCUGAUUGCUAGUUUCUUCAUAAACAAGAAGGAACCAUGAGUGCUUUGAGUAUACAACGGGGUCGGAUAGAAUAACAACAGUCCUUUGUUGUUCUUAUAUAUAUAUAUAUAUAUAUAUAUGGCGAGUUCUACGGUACCCUGGGUGAAAUCCGGGGUACCGCAUACCUUGAGUAUGAAAACACUAUCUAGACCUUGAAUUGACCGAUCUUUCGGACAUGAUAUUAUACUCUAACACUUAAAGAUCAAAAUCUAGGUGUUAACUCUCCCAAUAUUAUAUUCCAAGAUCAAUUUAAUUAGAAAUAAUAAUCGACGGUUAUGAUUCAUCCAAAUAUAGGCACAAAAAGGAAUGCACCAUCUUAGGGUUUAUAGAUUAUGAUUUAGAUAAUUAUGACCUAGGGUUCACUCAUUAAGGGUUAGGGUAUAAUAUCAGACACAAAAAUCCUGAUAAUUCGAGGUCUAGAUAGAGUUUCCAUACUCGAGGUAUGCGGUACCCCGAAUUUCACCCGGGGUACCAUAGAAGCCACCAUAUAUAUAUAUAUAUAUAUAUAUACACGCUUUAUUGGCCAAAAUGUUGCUACUGUUUCAUUCCUUGGCGUUUAGUGCCCAACCCUUACAAACUUCUUACCCCAACAAAGCUACCCCAACGGCAGUGAGACUUUUCCGUCUCUGCUGCACCCACCUACUAUGCUUUCCCCUCUGCUCUGACCACUCUGCUGUGUUUCUCCACCUUAUCUCCUUCUUGCUCGCGCACGCUACGCCCAUGUCGCCUUUGCACAGCUCCUUCGACACGGCAAAAGCCAUGCUUUGUACAGAAGCCUCCACUGUGCGCGGGGAAAAGCGAUGCCUACUCUGUUUUCAGCCUUUCAACUCAUUGUCGCCUCCUACUGGAUUUGGAUUUGGGAUUCUUUUCUCUCUCUCUCUGUUCCCAUUCACCCCCAUUUCUUCCACCAGCUCUCUUUUGCUUCCUCCCUCCAUAAUCCCCUUUUAUCAUUUGCAACUCAAAUCCUAAAAUUCCCCUGCCGCCAGCCGCCGCCGAACCCAAAAGCGGAGGAGUACGGUUAGAAUGAAGGCGACGACAAGGAAGGGGCUCCUCCAGCAAGGGUGCCAUGGUGGAGUACUUCGCGACCUAUUCCCUAUCUCUCUUUGUUUUUUGCUGGUGGAAGAAGAAGCAGCAGGAGAAGCUGAAAAAGAAGAACACGGUGAAGGAAAAGGAAACUAACAUGCUUAAUGAACUGGACUGAUUUUGUCAAUACUUUCACCUCUCGACAGUGACCAAUGAGUUAUCGGUAAGGUUUUCACUUCCUACGAUCAAUGAGAAUCUUAUAUUUGGUCUUGGGAGGGAAGGUUUUGUUUUGUCUCAACUUCAUUUAUGUCUGGUGCAGGAAUCCUAGAAAUUGUAAUGUUCCCUUUAUUUUUGUUUUGGGAGUGGGAGUGAAUGAAUGAGUACAAUUAGUCGGUUGCAGUUUCAAUUUUUCAGGAUAUGCUUUUUGUUCAAAUGCUUUAAGCUCUGGCAUUUCAUAUAAUCGAUCAAUGACUUUGUGUUUAUGUUCCAGUUCUGCUUUCUGAGUUACUGGUUGCCUUCCAUGGAGUCAUUGGUUAAUGAUGGAGGAGUUGGCUCUUCAACAAAAACCAGCAAGAAAUCAUUGGUUCCAAGAGUCCCCAGCAGCCCUCCUUUGAGCUCCUACUCAACAUUUCGGUUUCAGCCUAAACAGAUGCCUUAAUACUUUAAUGGUUUUAUGGAUAAUGGGUGAAGGGUGGUUCUGAUAAAGUAUUCGAAGAACCAUCCAACAAAACUGCUGAACGCUUCUACGGCUCAAGUAGUAAGGAACAAUCAAUGGAAAGAUGAAUACUUCUUUUGAUUUUUAUUCUUUCCUGUUCAUUGCUAUUUCCUCUAUACAUUUGCUGGUCUCUUUUCUGAGUUUUUGACUGUUUCAUUUUAUUUUUGCUCUUCUGCUAUGUUGGGUUCAGGUUGUGCUACCCUCCUGAGAUUACUUCCUGCCUGUUGUGGUUUACAAUGUAUUAGAUUCGUGUUUAUUGCUUUGAUUCAAGUCGGCUUAAUGAAUAUUGGACUACUGA